AGGAUUUUGUCACAAUUUUGCCCAUGAUUAUGGAGGAAAUCAGCUUAGGUGCACUAUUAACAGCUCUUGAAAAUCCAGGAAGCAUCUCUCAAACAGUGGUUCAAAACUUCACAGUGAUCCAAACAAAUCUUAUCAGUCCAGAAUCCUUUGAAAAGAAUGAAACACUCACAUUAAAAGCUCAAGGAGAUCAAAUGGCCAUUCACCCAAGAGCAACCACUGCCAUGACGACAGAUACCGUUGCUGUGGCUUUUAUAUCAUACGGUGGGCUAAAAACACUUUUAGAUGAUACUUUACUGCAGAAUGGAACAUUCCUGGGCAAUGAAAUGUUGACAGAUGUUCAUAUGAAUUCUAGGCUAGUAAGCGUUUCUGCCAGGACCAAGAUACAGAAUAUUUCUAUCCUGGUCAACCUCACUUUUCAGCAUCUCAAGAAUAAAGUUGCCCAGGAAGAGGUUCUCUGUGUCCACUUGAAUUCUGGUGCCUUGUCCAAUCAUGGUUGCCAACGACUCUUUUCUAACAUCACCCAUACAGAAUGCAGCUGUCAACAUCUGUCCAGUUUUGCUGUGCUGAUGGCCACAACUCAUAAACAAGGAGAUCUGAUCCUCACCAUUAUUAGCUACCUUGGGUUGUCCAUCUCAGUCGUUUGUCUCUUCCUGUGUAUUGUCACAUUCCUCUUCUGCCGCUCCAGCCACAACAGCAGCACCUUCAUCCACCUACAACUGAGCUUCUGCCUGUUUUUAGCAGACCUCCUCUUCAUAAUUGGAAUAGAUAAAACAGGCAACAAGAUCCUGUGUUCGGUCAUAGCUGGAAUUCUGAAAUAUCUUUUUUUGGCUUGUUUUGUCUGGAUGUUCUUGGAAGCUGUCAAUCUCUACUUCAUUGUCAGAAACUUGAAAGUUGCAAAUUACAGCGGGGCCAGCAAGUAUAUGAAGAUAUCUAUGUACCUCAUUGGUUAUGGGUUUCCUGUCCUGAUUGUAGCUAUUUCUGCAGCAAUUAAACCUGGAGCCUUUGGGACACUUUAUCGCUGCUGGCUUAAUCCAAAUUUUAUCUGGAGCUUUAUGGGACCUGUCUGUGUGAUAAUUGUGGUCAACUUGGUGUUCUUCUGUCUUAUUCUGAAGAAUCUGCAUAAAAAAGUGGCAUCUCUCAAUUCAGAGAUAUCUUCAGUCAAAAAUACCAAGUCACUGAUAUUUAAGGCUGUAGCCCAUGUGUUCAUCCUGGGUGUGACCUGGUGUUUUGGCCUCUUUCAACAUGGCCCUGUGGAAGACAUUAUGGCAUAUCUGUUCACCAUCACCAACAGUGUGCAAGGAAUCUUCAUUUUCCUGGUGCACUGCUUACUCAACCAAAAGGUGAGAGAAACAUACCGGCAUUGCAUCUGUUGUGUCAGAGAGAGUCCACCUCAGGUUUCUGAGAUUGUGGUGACCUCUUUUCCCAUCAGCAAUCUUUCAGCAAAUGUACCAAGUGUUACUGCAGUGGUUGACCAGAAAAUAGAAUGGGGGAACCCAACAUAGCUCACUGUUUCUCCUUUGGACUCUUCUGUUCAGUUUGAACAAAACUGAAGAAAAUGUGAAUA